AUGUCCGACUUCGGUGACGAUGAUGUCGGUGCUGGCGGCGAUGAGCCCAUGUACGACGACGACGACGCAAACGAGUUCUACGAGCCAGAUGUCGAGCAGGAGGACGAGGACCGCCUGCAGAACGGAGACGACGACAACGUGGUCGUGUCGGGCGACCCUGCGGCCGCGGCCAACGCGCUCAAGGGUGCCGACAAGUCGCUCAAGGACAAGAAGAUACCCGACGCCGAGAGGAUGACGACUCCCUACAUGACAAAGUACGAGCGCGCGCGCAUCCUGGGGACGCGCGCCAUGAAUGCCCCCGUGCUGGUUGACCUCGAGGGCGAGACGGACCCGCUGCAGAUCGCUAUCAAGGAGCUACGGGAGAAGAAGAUUCCCCUCAUUGUGAGGCGGUACAUGCCUGACGGAUACUACGAGGACUGGACCUGCGAGGAACUGCUGCAAUAA